UGGGUGUGAAGGGUGGAACUUAGACAACAAGAAGGAAAGCAUCCAGGUUCUCCCGGACCCUUUAACAGGCGGGACAGAGGAUCGGGGCGGAAACGGAGCAGCGGCCAUGGCGGAGACGCACAGCCUGCAGGACCUGCGGCAGCAAGCAGCCAUUGCCUCCAAGGUGUUCGUCCAGCGGGACUACACUUCUGGCACCAUUUGCAAGUUCCAGACCAAGUUUCCAACUGAGCUGGAGGCCAGGAUUGAAAAGCAGCAGUUUGAGGAGACGAUACAGACACUGAAUAACCUGUAUGCUGAGGCGGAGAAGCUGGGGGGCAAGUCGUAUUUGGAGGGCUGCCUGGCUUGCCUCACUGCUUAUACCAUCUUUCUUUGCAUGGAGACUCACUAUGAAAAAGUGCUGAAAAAGAUUGCCAAGUACAUCCAGGAGCAAAAUGAGAAGGUGUACGCUCCUCUAGGUCUCCUUCUCACCGACCCCAUCGAGAGAGGCCUUCGAGUGGUGGAGAUAACCAUUUUUGAGGACAGAAGCAUUGGAUCAAGAUAAAACAUACCAAAGAAGAAUGUAUCGGACACAUUAAUCACUGGCCUGCUGGAUUGAGAACCGGGUCCCUUUAUCGUGCCCUCAUCGUCCUGCCUGUCUGCAUCUGAACGUAGACGCUUCUUCUUUGUUUCUACAGAUUCUUCCUCUAUUCUUUCAUUUGUUUUUCUCACAGGUAUAACGCGUUCUUGUCUGAAGCAGUGCUUGUUCAUUUAUAAGCCGUCAGGUUUUGUAUGUAUACUGUCUUACUUAAUCGAGAUCAUUUUAAAAGCUAUUAUAUUGUGCCAUGUAUUUUAUAUUGCUCCUUUUUGAAAUUGUUUCUUUCUUUUGAAGCCUUUGACCUCUUUGUUUUCUGUAUAUACUUGUCUUUGAAUGAGCCGUAGGUAAAGUGUACAGUGUUGAUUCACCACAUGGCCGCAGUGUUCGGUGUCCACGUAGUGAAAAUCUCGGUCUCGGAUUGUUGUCGGCACCGUAUUCGGCAAAAUUGACAUUCUGAUGAUGACGUUUCAGUUGAAUAUUGAAGUGUGUUAAGGAUUUUGAUAUAAUGUGCAUUUUAAUACCAUAAAAGCUGAUCAGUGAUGAUCAAUCCAUUCCACGGUGACUUUCCUCAGAUCAUGUGACCGUUUUCAGUAUGUGACAUCAUCCCCUGUGCUCAGUUAAAACACUACAGGGCAGAUUGAGUUGUCUCAGACUCGGUUACACUAUAAAUAGUGACUCUCACUUCAAAGUCUUCAUCCGGAUGCACUUGGCCUGUGUGCAGACCUAACGUUGGGUGUCGUGGAGCUGUAAGAAUGACUGAUUAAUCUGCUGUCCCCUUAUCUUAUUGUGCCCUAAUUGCAUCAGUACUGACCAUGAAAACUUUUAAGGCAACAGUUCCACACAGAGUUGCAUCUUAUUGGAUUUGGAGAGUGUCGUUUGUAUUUUCUGUUGUAUUAAAAUAAACCAUUGCUGUCUUUUCUUGAAAAUCUCUGAACACAUUUAUUUAAAAAUAUGUAUCGUAAUAAAUUAACUUUUCCUUCA